AAAAAUGGCGACACAAGAAGAUCUUCAAACGCUUAUCUCAAUUGUGCCGAAUCUUCAGAUGCAAGAAGGCACUCCUUAUUACGAAGUUCUGCUCAAGUUGAUCGAAGAAAUCGGGAAAGACGUUCGUCCAACAUAUACAUUCAAUAAGUUGACCUGUGAACGGUUGAAGAGGAAUAUUCAAGCGGCAAAAGUUCUGAUUAGAGCGUGUCAACAAGAGGCCGAAACAGACAAAAAAAAGGCAGACGCUGCGAUCGAAGCACAAAGAGUUGCGCAGAAAUCAGAGACUCCGAAGCCUGAAGAGACAUCAUCGGAGGCCGCCUCGAAGAAUUAAUCUUGCUUUUUUAUAUAUGUAUUUCAAAUUGUAUUUAUUUUUACCAUUCCUGCAAACUGGAAACUUUAAUUUUUUUGCUAUAAUUUCCAUCACGAUCCUCAUGGGUUUUAAAUUAUUCCCAAUAUUUUUUCCAUGAAUAUGUGUCUUAUUCCAA